AUGAUUUUCAGGAUAUUCGAUGGGAAAAUGUCAAAUCACGCUAUAGAUAUUUAUUUUUUCACUAUGAGUCCCCCUUCGAGGAGCGUUUUAUUACUAAUGAAAACCUUGGGACUUAAAACCAAUAUAAAAACUAUAAAUAUACUAAACGGAGAGCAAUUUAAGCCAGAAUUUAUAAAGGUAAAUCCCUUACAUACCAUCCCAACUAUUAAUGACGACGGAUUCAUCUUGAGCGAAAGUAACGCGAUUUUGAAAUAUUUAGUUGAUCAGUACGGAAAAGAUGACAAGUUGUUUCCGAAGGAUAACAAAAAGGGAGCAAUCGUAAAUCAAAUGUUGAAUUUUGGGACGUCUACGCUGUUACCUAGAUUCGCUGCAACGCACUUCGCUCUUAUGAUGGGUGGAACAGUAGAUGAACAGGAUAAAGAAAAAUUGAAGGAGGCUUUCGAUUAUUUAAAUAAUUUCUUAAAAGAAUCUAAAUGGUUGGCAGGAGAAAAUAUGACAGUUGCCGAUAUUGCUAUUCAUAGUACUUUAGGCAACAUUGUGGCUGCUGGUAUUUACGAUUUGCAAAGCUACCCCAAUUUAUGGCAAUGGUUUGAAAGGACAAAAAAUGCUCUUUCUCAAUUCGGUUACGAAGAAAUAAUGCAAGCAGGUUCUGAUGCUUUUGGACAUGUGUUUAAAACUAAAGUAAACGCUUAGAAUGUGACGUAAGCCACGUCAAUUAUAUUAGUUUAGAAAUAUAUUAU